AUGAGGAUUAUCGAUACUUCGAGCGUGUCGAGUUCUGUCUCCAACCCGAUACGUCUACGAACACGGACUCGGAUUCUUACGCUCGGAUUAUGGCACCCGGAGACUUUCUACGAUUUGACCUUGGAUCUUGUGGUGAUCAAACGAGAAUCGAAUUGUCUAUCCACCCUACGAGCCAUCCAUCUCGCGUCAACCCAUCGCCCAGCUGUCAAAUAUCCGGGUUGGGAAGGACUUUCAGCAACGACAUUCGAAGCUCAGUUCGGUGAUAAAGUCUUCAUCCUCAAGCAAAUUGACCGACCGCUCUACAACAGACUUGACACGACGGCCAUCGUCCAAGAGAUCCACAACCUUGGACGGAUCCACAAAAAGCCGUACAUUGCCCGACUCUGCGCGGUCGUCGUGUCGACAAACCCCUACCAGAUGGUAGCCUCCACAAAAGCGAACAACCAAUAUGUGAUCCGAGGUUUCCUUCAGGAAAAGUAUCCAGGUGGCGCCCUUCUGCAGCGAUUGGAACAGAAGGACUUGACUGGUCUACCGUGGAAACAGUGGCCUUUUCAGAUCUGCACAGCCCUGCAGUAUCUACACUCGAACGGCAUCGCUCACAUGGACAUCAAGCCUGACAAUGUCGUCCUUGAUCGAGACGGGAACGCGGUUCUCAUUGAUAUCGGUGGCACUGGCGCCUUCUCGAUAGAGGGGCUUGCACCAGAACUCCGUGAUCGAGAAACCGAUUCCUAUACACUCCAAGAACAAAAGCUAAGUGAUAUCUGGGCUUACGGAAAAUUACUUCUUGAGAUUCUGACUGCCUCGAGUGUACAAUUGGACUGGUUGCGACAACUUACAACGGAGACGAGCAACCCGGAACCCUCUCCGCGCCCAGGCCUCGACCAGAUACUCCUCAGACUCAAAGCUGUUCCAUGCUCAACGGGGACUUGA